AUGUCGUCUUCCCACGACAUGAAAAAUCCUCCGACGACGAAGAAAAAGAACAUGGCUGCCAAGGAUAUUCUGCUUGGACUGACCCCUUCUGAGGCUCGUCUUCUAUUGCUGGGAAGUGUCUACUCUGACUCUAAUGGCCGUAUUGACUUCGAGAAAGUUGCUGGACACGGUGGCACCGUUUCCUCCACGAUCAGCGCUGUCAGUGCCAAGACCAUGCACCUCAAGGCUCGCCGUAAGCUGCAGAAUGCUUUGGGUGUCGAUCUAGGCUCUUCUGCUUCUUCCUCUACCCAUGGCCAAUCCACCAGUUCUCCCAGUCGCUCCACCGUUAAGGGAAGAAAACCCAGACCGAAGGUCACCAGUGCAGAGACCUCUGAUACAGAGGAUACUUCGAUGCUGACUGAUACCGCUCCUAAGACCGAGCCAGAGUCUGAUUCCGAGCCCGAUGUUCUUUCCCCUGGGCCUGUGUCGCCCAAAGUCCACUCUGAAGAUGAGGACGUUGUGCUUCCUGAUCCCCCAGCUGGCCUUUGCCUCUCUGAUGAUGAGGUAUAA